AUGUCCACGACAGUGUACCCAGUCAACGGCUUCGACCCAGCCCGUCUCUCUGGCGCGACGGUGGUUAUUCCCGCCGUAUCUCUCGGAAACGUCCCCCAACUGGCGUGCGACCUCCUAGUCUCCUCCCUCUCCCUCCAUCGCGUAGCCUUCAUCGGGACCGGGGACACGGUCGCCCCCUUCGCAGGGAGUGGUGACGACGGCAUCGUAACCGGUGGACUUGAACUGUACGGCACAUCCACAGGCGACCUUCUCGUGCUCCUCCAGCGCGCGCCGACGCUCAAGGCAAAGAAGGAGGAGCAUGUGGCGCUUAUUGCUUCGGCAUUGAAGGGUGCGGGGGUUGCGAUUGUCCUCGCGUCGCUUGAUGCUGCGAACCAGGACGAUGCGCAGUUGCUCACACCAAUCCAGGCCAUCCUCCCCCCUUCCCCACCCACCCAACCCACCCUCACCAACCUCGCCAAACUCCCGCCCCUCCGACUCACGCUGGACCCGACCGCAUCCCCCUCCGCCGGCUCUACUUCCUACCCGCCCUUCCUUCCCGGUGCAGGCCUGACUCGCCGUCUCCUCUCGGCGUUGGCGGAUCAGCCGAGCGGGGCAAUCGCCGAGUGGGUCGUCGAAGGCGACAAUAGGGGUGACGCGCAUGCGCUCGCGUCGGCACUGCUGAGCGUGCUGGAUAUUGAUGCCGAGCUACGUGAGCCUGCGAGUUGGGCUGGCCUGUUUGGGCCCGAGGAGUGGAGUGGUGGGUCGGGGCUCAAUGCCGAGAUCUACGGUUAG